GAGAGAGAGAGAGAGAGAGAGAGAGAGAGAGAGAGAGAGAGAGAGAGAGAGAGAGAGAGAGAGAGAGAGUAUUCCGACUCUCUCUCACUCUCCAAAAACCAACCUCUGCUUAGUUGUGUAUAUAUAUACAUGCAUACAUUCCUAUUGGAAAUCAUUCACACAUGCCCAUGCAUUUCAUCAGACUCUUUUAAUUAAUAUUUUCUAGCUAGCUUAAUACAGAAAGUGAGGUUUUUUUUUUUUUGAAGGGGGGAGAGAAUUGAAGAUGGUUGUUAAAGUGUAUGGUCCAAUUAGGGCAGCAUGCCCACAGAGGGUGAUUGUUUGUCUUUUGGAAAUGGGGGUGGAUUUUGAGGUUGUUCCCGUGGACCUUGAAUCUGGAGAGCAUAAAAAACCCGAGUUCCUUCUUCGUCAGCCCUUUGGACAAGUUCCUGCCAUAGAAGAUGGCGAUUUCAGGCUUUUUGAGUCGAGGGCAAUCAUAAGGUACUACGCAGCAAAGAAAGCGGACUACGGGCCAAACCUACUCGGAACCACUCUGGAGGAGAGAGCCCUUGUCGACCAGUGGCUCGAGGUGGAAGCCCACAACUUCAACGACUUGGUCUACAACUUGGUCCUCCAGCUGGUGAUCCUCCCUCGAAUGGGCGAGCGAAGCGACAUGGCGCUGGUCCACAACUGCGAGAACAAGCUGGAGAAAGUGCUCGAUAUCUACGAGCAGAGGCUGUCGAAGAGCAACUACCUCGCCGGAGAUUCCUUCACGCUGGCGGACCUCAGCCACCUCCCGGCCCUCAGGUACCUAAUGGACGAGGCCGGGCUGGGGCAUAUGGUGAGGAACAGGAAGAAUGUGAAUUCAUGGUGGAUGGUAAUUUCUAGCAGGCCUGCUUGGAAGAAAGUCAUGAAGCUUAUGGAUUAGGGGCCCUUUAAUACUAUUGAAUUAUUGGAAGGCCUAGCUGGCUGGCUGGCUCUUCUUUAAUUUAUUAUUUCUAUGUAAAAUAAUGGGUGAACUUAAUAAGUUAUUUUCAUGAUCUUUUCGAUGUAAAAUAAUGGGUAAACUUGGUUACUAUUGUGUGGGAUAAAAAAUGAAGAUCUCCACUUAGUAUUUGUUAUUGUAAGUUUUUAAAAGAACUAUAUAAACAAACGUCUCCAAUAAUUUUUUUCUAUUUA